AUGACUGAGCUUUAUAUUAAUUUUAACAAACUUUAUGAAGAGAUGUUGGUUAAAAAAACAAGCAUGUUUUUGGCACUUUUCCUCUUUACUUUCUCCUGUGUUUUAUGUGACAGGAAAGAUAUGACUGCUGAAGUGAAAACUGAAUUGGAUGAGGAGACAGAUCAGUUGUUUAGUGAUUUAAAAAAACAGCUUGAGGAGCUCGAUGAAUUUAAAAAAAAUGAGAAAUCAAUCAAGGAAAGUUUGGACACUUCAAAAGACGCUGUAAAAAAGCUAGAUGAUCCCAACUAUGUUGCCAAAGCAUUUGACGUGGUGAAAGGUAUCGGGCCGAGCUUAGCGAAGUUUAAAACUGGAGAUCCAUUUGAUAUUGCUGAAGGAUCGUUUGCUAUUAUUUCAACGAUAACUGCUGCAUUCCCUGCACCAGUGGGUCCAGGACUUUCUGCACUAGCUACCCUCAUUUCAAGCAUCAUACCGUUAUUUAAGCCGACGCCGGAUGCAACAGCUAAGUUAGCAAGCACACUAAAAGAAGUACUCCGUGAAGAAAAUGAUCUGAUUCUGCUGGGAGAAGUCAAAGGAAUUACAGAUAAGUUAUCUCAAGCCCUUAAUGCACUGGGAAGCGAAACAAAGUUUGAAAGUCAAAACACUCUGGAUGCUGCCACUAGAGAGAUUUCGCAUACAGCUGGUACCGUGGUGCUUGGAAAAGUUGGAAAACGCAUUUUGGAUCGCGCUAAAGACAAAACUAAAAAAGGAGGCGAAUGUGCAUUUGGAUUGGCUGUUGCGUUUGCUCAGUUGGCAACUCAUCGUGAUGUUGCGUUGCUAAAGAUAAUGACUAUGCUUAUAAAUUCAGAAAAAGAAGGGUUGGCUGCAUAUUACCAAAGAGUGCUGGAAGCAAACAAGAAAGAAAUAUAUGAAAGAUAUUUGGGUUUUUUUCAUAACCCAGAAUCUGCAGUGGCUUCCACAAUGAUUCACUACUACCCGCCCGGCCAUAAUGCAAAAAGUAAAUACUUAUACAGCUUCUUGCGAAAAAAUGGUAUCCGCAAUCCCAUCACUAUCCCAACUGGGCAGUAUAUAUUCAAAUCACAGAAUUGGCCGAAAUAUUACCUGACAAGUAACUCUCAACCUGGGGAAAUACACACCGAUUAUAGUGAGUACAACCACGAAGAUACAGCAAUUGCGUUGUACUCACUAGAUUAUAAAUUUGCUAGCAGUGUUCCAACAUCGUCAGAGAGGAUACUUGUCACCAAAACAGCUGAAGGAUACUACAAUUUUGAAUUGCAAAACACGGAUCAUGCUUACAAAUACAUAUAUUACGAUGAUAACUAUGCGAAGACGAAAUAUGUCAGGCUAAGCAAAAACCGUCCCUCAUUAGACGGUGAUUUUGUGAUGAUAAGAUACAAUGAUCAAAAUGGCGUUGUCACCAUUUCGGGAAGAAAUUCACCAACAAAGUUUUGGAACGGAAAAUCAAACAAACAUGCAGUUUACCCACAGGCAAUAACGGAAGCAAAUAAGAAGUACAUCACAUUUAAGUUGUACGAAUGUGCAGUUGAUAGUGAUGAAACGUGUCCUGAUUUUUAUAACAGAGAGGACCCUUGGGCUUAAAGUAUUGUAGCUAGUUAUAUUAUCUAUCAUAUAACGGUAAUAAUUGAAAUAAAUGAUUAAUUACAA